CUUAGAUUUGAGCAAUCUUUAACAUAUAUUGAUAAUAGCAUUCUGUCACCCUGUAAUUACGGGCUGGUUAUUAUCUUUUGCAUAAAUACUGCCAUAUACGACAUUCUCACCACAUACGUACUCUAUGAUCGCACACGAGAAGCCGGCAUAGUGGUAUAUGUCAACGCCGCUGCGUGGCACCGGCAAGCAUGGAUAUAUGAAGGACGACGACUUCUUAGGCGCACUUCAGAUCGAUAAGAGCAAAUAUCAAGAGAUAAGGAGGACAUGCGUCAGGAUCCUUGAUGAGCAGUCUAGCAGGAGUACGGAACGGCUUGACCUUCGGACAUACUGGAGCAGGCAGAAUGGCCAGGCUACAAAAUCCGCCAUGCUCGCCGCACUCAUCAAUGCGUUCCCGGGUGUGUUUGACGACGUUUCGAGAUUCACGCAUGCUCCUCCUAACUGGGACACGACAAAGCUCGUUUUGGCAGAGGCAUGCUUUAUUUCGGCGAACGCGUACAGAUCACGACAGCUGCAGAACGCGUCACCAUGCAAACGUGAUACACGCAAUCCUUCAACACCUCCAACAUCUACGUUGUAUUCUGAUGAGGAUAUAGGCAAGGUGAAUGAGGCGGUCUACCAUCUACAUGGCAGGGCAUUUAUUAUCCUUUCAGCUACCGGCAGGCGUCCUGCUGAACAAUAUCGUUAUAAUAUUAGUCUUUGAGAAGGAGCGGAUGGAGAUAUUACCAAGGCACAUUCGCAAGACUGAAGGGCGGCUAGGUGAACCGCAUUUUGUCGAUGAUGUAUCGCUUGAAAAGCUGAAGGAUAUGGUGGUACUAAGGUUUCCCUCAUCAGAUGUACUUCAGAUAUGGGGAUUCAGUACGUCGGGCUUGAUGGUUGAGCUGAAGUCAGAUGAUGCGCUAGUGGUAGCGUUAAUCAUGUUUAUAUGGAAUGUUAAUAUGUUCGGCCCUUAUCAUACUAAUGCGUUGGAAGUCCGGAAGCUAUUAGCAGACCCACGGUAAUGCCGAGUAUAACGACCAAAGCUUGUAUGUACUUGUUAUGAGUAUAACACGUGAGACCACUUCUAUCGGUUCAGGGAGGGUUAACCUAUAGAAGGGGCAGCAGUGCUUAUUUGCUCUUGGCACUGAGCACGCUUAUGGCGCUCAUGGGAUGAGCGGGAUGAGCACGGAAUUUCCUAUGUCUAUAAAAAUGUCCUGUCCCUACCUUUAUGACAGCUCCCUGUAAUUCAACUGUCUAGUUUACCUAGUAGUUAGUCGAAUACAUUCUCAUAUCCUG